CUCCAUCCCACCAUCCUUCUAUCCCUCUCAUUCACUUAACAUCAUCCCCUUGCAAUUCUGUGUCUGGCAUCUCUGCUCUGUCCCUGCAUCCCUCUGACUCCUGUCACAUCCUUAUCUCGGCUCCCUCACCCCACCCCUCUUCCAUCUGACCCCCUCUCCUCACUCCCCUCAAUCAGACUUCCUCUCCCUAACAAACUCCUUCUCUCUUUCGCCAGUCCCCCUCUCUCUUCUUCCACAAGCUAAUUCUUUAUGCUCAGCAUCUUGCUCCUGGAUUUGACUGCCAUCAGCUGUUUUCCCAUCUGAAGGAUGUUUGAAAGAGAACCCAGCACACACACAGGGGCAGUUACAGUGUGAUUUGAGGGAGCUGGAGGAAGAUUAGGGUUUAGAAUCAGGAUAGCAGAGAAGUGGUCUGAAUAUAUUGGAAACAUGCAUCUCGUCCAUCACUUUCACUGUAGCCUGCUUUUCCUAGCUCAGACCACUCUUUCACUUUCUGGGUCAACUUCCCUAUCAUGGCCUGUGCAAACUGACUGUGUCCAAGCCAAUGAGCAGUGUAAUACAGACCAGUCCUGCAGUUCCCGAUACCGCAAACUACGCCAGUGUCUUGGAGGAAGAGACAGGGAUGUUCUGCUUUCCAGCCAGGAGUGUAAGACUGCCCAGGAGGUUGUCCGAGAUAGUGCCCUCCAUCUCUGUCGCUGUCACAGGGGCAUGAAGAAAGAGCUGCAAUGUCUUCAAGUAUACUGGGGAAUCCGUGCUGGCUUGGCUGAUGGAGAUGAAUUUUAUGAGGCGUCACCAUAUGAACCAGUUGCCCCACGCCUAUCUGACAUCUUCCGUCUGGCAUCAAUCAACUCUGGUGCUGAUCCAGUCUCGUCCAAGCAUAAUGCCUGUCUGGAUGCUGCCAAGUACUGCAAUGUGAAUGAUAUCUGCAAGCGGCUGCGCUCAGCCUACAUCUCUACCUGCACUGCAGGAGCAGGAGACAAGACAUGCAAUCGCCGCAAGUGCCAAAAAGCCUUGCGUACCUUCAUUGAGCGUGUUCCUUUGGAUCUUUCAUAUCCCCUGCUAUUCUGUCCCUGCCGGGACAAGCCCUGUGCAGAGCGACGGCGCCAGACUGCUGUGCCUGACUGCUCGUUUAUGCGUUCAGAGAUCCCUAACUGUCUAGAGAUUUGGGCAGGCUGUCGACAGGACACAGUGUGCAGGUCCAGGUUGGCAGACUUUGUUACCAGCUGUCAAAGUUCAUCUCAGUCUGCAAGUGGUUGUGUUCAGGAUAAUUACCCUGCCUGUCUGGGGGCAUAUGCAGGGCUUAUAGGAUUUGAUGUAGCCUUGAACUUUAUGGACUCUGACCCACAUUCACUGGCAGUGGGGCCCUGGUGUACCUGUAAUGGGAGUGGAGAUGAGGAGGCUGUAUGUGAACGAUACCUCAAUACGUUUACUCAAAACACCUGUCUGAAGAAAGCUAUUUAUGCCUUUGGGAAUGGCUCUGAAAUUGGACACACACCAAGCGCACCCAAAACUCCUCAUACAACCAUCUCACCCCGAACUGAGAGAAGACUUCUCCCCGACAAUCAGAGUGACAGCAAUAUCCAGUAUGAGGGUAACACAGGCAUCUGCACUUCUCUACAGGACAUAAAGAAUACCAGCCUGUCAGAUCUGGCAAUCUGUGUCUCAGAGUCUCAGCUCAACACAGACGUAGCACCUGACUUGAAGACAGAUGAGGAACAUUCUGGAAUACCUCACCUUCGACCUUCGAUUCUAUACACUAUUCUUACAGUUCUCUAUGCCAUAGGGCUCUUUCCGUGAUAUAUGUAUUAUAAUCUCCUCACCCCUUUUAAGAUGAGAUGGACUGAUUCCCUAAAAGCAUUGUAAAUAAAAUUCCCAAACUCAAGGGGAUGGGGAUGAAUAAGGGCAGUAAUGUGGGAUCGCACUUAUCUGCCAACCCUAAUGUGAAACAGGGGGAUGUUUGGCAAUCAAGCUGACAAGAUGUAAUAAACUAUGUAAGACUA